CCCCACGAGGCUGGGAGAGAUCCGACAUCCGGAUAGCUCCACCACAGCUUCACCUCACACCGCACCGCUAUCGAUGAGAAACCUGCCAUGUCGUUGCUCCACCUCCCGAACGAGCUCGUCUUCCAAAUCUCCGGAGAUCUUUGCCCGGUAGAUUUGUACGCCCUCCUCCGAGUCAACCACGCACUAUUCUGCCUCCUGUACGACUCUCUCCUCGACACGGCGUGCGAUGAGAAUCGCGGCGAAGGCUGUUGCGGCGAGUACGAGAAUCGCUCUCGCGAUCUCCUCCACUCUGCCGCGCAAAGAGGCGACAAGGAGCUCGUGAAAUUGGUCGUUUCCAAAGGGAUCCUGAACGUGGUGGACACCGCAAGGCUCCUGAUUCGCGUGCUGAAGAGGCGGAAAUGCAACGACGCGCUACGAAUCCUCCUCGAAUGCGGUGUGGACCCUCUGGCGUAUCCGAGGCAUGACGAGAUGAACGUGAGGGGAUUGCCGAUGAGAUACGCAGUGACGCACGGGAGGGCGAAAGCUCUAGAGAUCAUGCUGGACGUUGGCGAGGUGGACAUUAACGGGUACCUCUACCAGGACGUGACGCUCUUGCACUUGGCGGUCGAACAUCGCCAAACGGCGGUGAUACAAGCCCUGCUCGCGCGGAAAGACAUCGACGUCAACAGGUUGGGCCUUGUGGACGACUGCACACCGCUAUACCACGCCGUGCGCUGGGUCGACCGCUCGGAAGACGCGACAAGAGUCCUGCUGGCGGACCCGAGGGUCGACGUGAACUGGUGUGACACCGAGUUCCAAACACCGCUCCACGUAGCGGCGGAUUUUGGUGGCGAGCAGCUCCUCAAAACCCUACUAGCGCAUCCGAAAAUCGACCUCAACGUUCGCGACAAAUUGGGCCAGACGCCCCUCCACUUUUCCGUGAGGAUCGGCGACUGCAGACUCAUCCGGUUCUUCCUGGAAGACAAGCGGUUAGCUCCCAGGCAACACCAUGGAACACUUGGAAAUCCGCUCCACGCCGCGGUCGGGAGCUGUCAGCUCCCGGCCCUACGCUUACUCCUCGAUGACGGGAGGUUCGACGUCAAUUCCACAGACGAGAAUGGGGAUACUCCCUUGCACAUCGCCAUCCAGAAGGGCGACAGGGAGGAUCUCGUACUUUUGCUGCUCUCUAGGGCGAACGUGGAUGUUGAGAUGAGGAAUAACGAGGGCAGAUCGUCGAGUGAUUUGGCGGCCUCGCAGAAUAGGCUGGUGGUGAAAAGGGCGAUGGAGAAGUAUUCACAUGGGAAACGUGAGUAUCCCGAUAACCAAGAUGACAGCUGGGUCUGCAGAUGGUGCUAAUCGGUUCGGUCCCCACAGGGCAAGUAAUUGGAUUACGCGGGCAACGGCGAAAGCGCGCAAAGUUCCGCGGGUAUGAUUUAUAGAUAUAUGCUUUCUUCGCACAGGGGGGUAGUUUUACUCGCAGUUGUCUGGAUCUUGCAGUUAGAUUUUUCAAAUAGUGUCUUCUCUGGGCGGCGCUAUGUUAUCAUUAUCAUGUCUACGGCGCUUUAACAUCAUUUUUAUUCAAUUUAGAGCGAUUCCUUCCUUCCUUCCUACUAUAUCCUCCGUUUAAUCCAUUCGUAACCCGACACUUGCAUUGAGAACAAAAACCUCGCCGGAACAGUUGGAUCCUAUUUACCAGCAUCAUUAAAAAGGAUAUAUCAUAAAGAAAAAACUCGACCUAUGGCCGUUUUAAGCUUAUAGCCGCAAUCUUUAAGGGCUGACCGGUAACUUGAUCUAAUACCCGAGUGACAUGAUAAGAUUAAAAGAGGUGAAUCACGAAUAUCUUGGGGAAUUGGGAGUCACUAACGUAUAUAUAUAUUUGUUUACGGGUAUCAUACUCGACGACCGUCGAUUGACUAUGAUAUUAGCUGCGUUUACGGGUUUCGAAAUUCUUUUGCUCUUAAAGGAAGAGUGAAGUCCCGGGAGGGUGAGUAGAAAAUCGCGCUAGGCGUGUUCCGGGGUUACAAGUAGUUUGUAAUCGCGGAGGUGGAGGUAACCUUACCAACAGUCGGUAUGAUAUCUCUUGUCCAGAGUAUCAUAGAAAGUCUAUCUGCCCGAGUA